GGAGGCCAGUACAGGCGCAGGUAUAGAAGAAACAUGGCAGGCGUUCUACUUCGAAGUCUUCAUAAUCUGGAAACUUCAGCAAACGAACCUACUGCCAAAUGGACCGUUCCUUUGAGUGACGGGAAUCAUGUGGUAGAAUUUGAACAUGGAACAGCAACAGGCCGGCGUAUAGUAAAAAUCGAUGGCAAUAAUAUAGUUCAUAGAGAUUGGAUGUUUCGUCUAGUCGGUGAUGAAGUCUUUAUGUUUAAUAAUAUCAAAUUUAUAAUCAGAGUCGAUCCAAUGCCAGGUCUGAAAUAUUCUUAUUCGUUGUGGGUGAAUGGAAAAAGCUACAAGCAAUUUGUUCAAUCGCAAUCAAAAAUACUAGAAACUUGGUUGGCCAAAGUUGGGAACGAAGAAUACAGAGUUGUAUUAGAUAAACACGCUCACAGCGUUUGGGUGAAUGGACAAGAAGUGGAAGUUGAGAAUGAAUUUAUGGACGGCGGUGCAGAAAUUCUUUUCUCCGUUGGGGAUUUUCCGGCCGCUAUUAGAUCUUACAGUUCGGAACAAAAAGAAAUCGGUAUAGCGUACGUUUUAUACAUCAAUGACAUUGAAAUACAACAAGAAGUUUUAGUAGAAGAGUCUUAGAUAUGAGUCUUAACUUUUCUAAUUGAAUUUUUGGUGUUUGAUAUUAAUCGAUAAGUAGAUGAAUAUUAUCGAUAAUUAUAAUUUAUGUGCAUCAUUAAAUAACUAUAUAAAUGUGAAACACAGUAUUAAAAAAAUGUUAUUCUUGUAAUAUUUAAAUUUAAUAUUAGCACUAUCAAAAAUGUGUGCCAUAUAAUUUGUGUACGUUUUUUAAACUAUAAAAUAAAUUUGCAUAAUUUGCAGUAAAUGCAACAC